CGCCGCUCCCCGCCCGCCGCCGCCGGAACCGGAGGAACCGGGGCCGCCCCCGCACAUGCGCAGAGCGGGCGCCCGGCGGCCCGGGCCUCGCUCCGCCCGGGCCCGGCGCGGCCAUGGGCACCACGAUCAGCUCCUGUGCAGAGAGUUGUGAGUUUAUGAAGCACCUCAGCAGUUUCUGUCACUCUUCCUAGAAGGUGUCACAGGAAAACUUCGCUCUUUUGUUCCAAGAACUCAGUGGCAUCCCAGAACGGCGACGACCUGGAUGGCAGCACCCCUAAAAUGUGCGUCCCUCGGCGGCCGCCCAGCGCGGGGAUAGCGGUGCCCGGCCGGCUGCGUGGCGCUGCCAUCUGAUAUGUGCCCGGCGGCCUGGGGCCUGGCGCGGGCUGCGCGGGGCCGGGCCCGAUGCCGGUGAUCCCCAUUCCCCGGCGGGUGCGCUCGUUCCACGGCCCGCACACCACCUGCCUGCACUCGGCCUGCGGCCCCGUGCGCACCACGCACCUGGUGCGCACCAAGUACAACAACUUCGACAUCUAUCUCAAAUCGCGAUGGAUGUACGGCUUCAUCCGCUUCCUGCUCUACUUCAGCUGCAGCCUCUUCACCUCCAUCCUCUGGGUGGCUCUCUCGAUCUUGUUUUGCCUUCAGUACCUCGGCAUCCGCAUCUUCCUGCGCUUCCAGUACAAACUCUCCAUCAUCCUGCUCUUGCUGGGGCGGAGGCGGGUGGACUUCAGCCUCAUGAAUGAACUGCUCAUCUACGGGAUUCAUGUGACCAUGCUGCUGGUGGGAGGGCUGGGCUGGUGUUUCAUGGUCUUUGUGGAUAUGUAAAUAAAACCAAGCGCAUGUGGGA